GUUUCUGGUUUUGGGACCUUCAACUUUCAGUUUCGUUCUCUAUGGCCACAUGUUAUCUUCAGAUGAUUUCUUCGACCAUUACAAGGUUAACUAUUGCACAAUAUGUUUUAUCACUGUUAUAUGCAUUAACACCGAUAAAUUUAUUUACACAAAUGAUAGAAGGCCCUCAAACUAUGCUCGGCCCUCAAAUCAACAAGAAACCGUACUACCAAACUUUCUAUCAGACAACAACAAAACCGCUGUCAAACUCGUAUGUGUGGGUGUGUGUGUGUGUAAACAAUAGCUGACAUUUACUUGGAAACCAUGUCGUUAUCCAACCGGCUGCUGUGCAGAUAUUUCUCGUCCUCGAAGCAUCCAGCGAAGAAUACAAGGACAAAAUGGAAAAGUGUCAUCGGGCUGGAGGUACACGCACAACUGAACACAAAAUCCAAACUAUUUUCCGGGGCCCGUGCUACAUUCGGAGCAGCCCCGAACUCGUGCGUAGCCUUGUUCGACGCCUCCAUUCCCGGAACACUGCCUAUGCUGAACAAAAAUGCCGUAGAACUUGGUGUAAGGACGGCACUCGCACUCGGAUGCAAUGUAAACGCGGUAUCAAUGUUCGACCGUAAGCACUACUUUUACGCUGAUCUUCCGAACGGAUACCAGAUCACCCAACAACGAGCACCAUUGGCGCAAGGUGGCGCCUUAUCGUUUCCGGUAUUUGUUCCAGGUGUCACGAAGACUCCGUACUAUAAGACGGCAAGGCUGCACCAGUUGCAGCUGGAGCAAGACAGUGGUAAAUCUUUGCACGAUCCUAUCGAGCGGAAAAGUUUGGUAGAUUUAAACCGCGCCGGAAUACCGCUGAUAGAGUUGGUGUUUGAACCAGAUUUAGAAACCGGCGAGGAAGCCGCUGCACUGGUGAAAGAGCUGAUGCUGAUCUUGACAAGGUUGCAAAGCUGCACGUGCAAAAUGGAAGACGGUGCAUUACGUGUGGAUGCGAAUAUAUCAGUGCAUUUAGAAAAUACACCUCUCGGGACGCGAACGGAAGUGAAAAAUAUUGGUUCCGUUCGUGCCGUCGCACAAGCUGUCGAUUACGAAAUACAACGGCAAAUCGCUGUUCUGGAUAAUGGCGGAAAGAUACACAACGAAACACGUGCGUGGGACUCUGCCGCGAAGACAACGGUGGCCAUGAGAGACAAGGAAGUAGUACAAGAUUAUCGGUUUAUGCCGGAACCGAACUUGCCACCGUUGCAUUUGAGGCUACACAAAAGUACCGAAAAGGAGUCAGAAGGUGAUGUGAUAGACGUCCCCAAGCUAGGGGAUACGAUUCCCGAACUGCCAGAGCAAACUCGUCAAAGAAUUAUUCAAAUGCAUCAGCUAUCUAGUGCGAUUGCCAUUACACUUGUGAAUGACAUCACGCUACACGAGUAUUUCCGUUGCAUCUUGGAAGGGUCCAGCGGUCGUUCACCGAAGCUGGUGGCUAAUUUUCUCAUCAACGAACUGCUUACGAUCUUGAACCGCAAUAAGCUAGAUACGACGGAUUGUCACGUAACGUCCGAUCAACUCGGAACCAUCGUGGAUAUGUUGCAGGAAAAUCAACUAAACGUACAAUACGCCCGUCGAGUAUUGCAGGAGCUAUUGGCAUCGGCCGACGAACGAUUGGCCGUGUGCCCGCGGGAAAUUGUUUCCACCAACAGAUGGUUUCUGAUAACGGAUGAAGCACAAAUUAGCCAAUACUGUGCGGAUGUAAUUAAGCGUCAUCCAAAGCUAGUUGAUAAGUAUCGCAAAGGCAAGGAGAAAAUGUUGUACGCGUUAGCCGGGGAGGUGGCAAAGGAUAGCGAAGAGAAGAUCGAUAUGGCGAGGGCAGUUGAGUUGUUAAAGGAAAUGUUGAAAUGAGCGACGUUAGGGAGGGAUAUGGUCAGUGAGAAAUGUAUACAUUGAUUUUACGCUGAUCGUUGAAUUUGAGUGAUUUCAUUCCGCAGUACUCAAACUGUCAUUUUGAAAGAACGUAUCUGUUUCCGCCGCAUUGUUAAAUCGACAAACUACGAGGCCCAAAUCUUCAUUGAUCUACACAUUUAUCGUAGAUAUAACCAAUACGGUGCAACUAUGGGACUCUGAAGGUAUCCCCCAAAAUCUCCAACUGCAAUGUGCAGGUGGCGACCACACAAUAUUAGCGUUUUCCAGCAGUGAACAAAUGUUCGAAAAUUACGGCGCUUUUAAUAUAUUUUCGCGAGUUACGCCUCUACUGUUACUUGCUAGUCAGGUCGAUCCUUGAAAAAGAGCCACGAGUCAAGUAGGACGCUUAAAUCCUAUAGUUAUUGGCCUAAAUUGUAAUAGUUACACAUAUUUCUUACGCAGACCGUUAACGCACUGCGCUUGCACCUGUCAUCA